GGACAAGGUAUUUUCAUGUCUAAGAUUUAGUCAAACCCGUGAGCUCAGAUUGUAAAGAACAACUUGCGGCUAACUUGAACGAUGUGGAACUGGACUGCGAUUGGAGUCCUUCUGGUACUGGGAUGCCAGUGCGCCGGAGUUGUCCGGGCGGACAGUGAUAGUGAUAGCGACAGCAGCAGCAGCGGGGAGCUCAAGAGCAAGCCCAAAACCAUUGAGCACAAGUACAAUAAUCCCGCCUAUCCCACUCCCUAUGGCUUUGGCUAUCCCUACCAACCAUAUGGCUACAAUCAGAUGCCGCCGUAUCCGUAUCCCCAACCGCCAAUGCCUGGCUACUACAAUCCAUAUAGACAUACAGCGCCACCGCCACCACCACCGCUAAUGUAUCCACCGCCGAUUUAUCAACCUGAUCCUGCAGCUUAUCGAGGAGCCUAUCCACCUCAGACGGGAGAAGGGCCGACUGCAGGCUGGAACGCCAACCCACCUACCAAUCAGGUUCAGCCACAGCAACCUUCUCCCGGACAAGGAUCAGGUCCUUCCGCACCCUAUCCUCCAGGUGGUUCCAGCGUGAUCAAUCACUCGCUUAAGGUCAACAAGGAAUACAACGAGGAUGGCCACCACUCAAACACAAAAUAGUCGAGAAACUUAAUUAAAAGCUAUUUGGAAUCAUUUUCAGAGUCUUAUCAGUUUCAAAACCACGCUCAAUACAAAUUACAUACAAAAUUAAA